AUGAAUUUUCACCGUCUCCUUCUUCCUCGUAAGUUAUUACCAUCUACUUCAGUCUCAACUCCGUCAGCUUCUAUCGCUUGGAGAAACCAAAUCAAACAAACCCAGUUAAUCUCUCAAGUCUCCACCGCCCUUCUACAACGGCGUGACUGGUCUCAAAUCAUCAAAAACCUUAAUCUCUCCGCCGCCAAUCUCACACCAUCUUUCUUCCUCAAUGUCCUCCACCGAACACAAUCCCACCCUCAAAUUUCACUCGCAUUCUACAACUGGGUCAAAUCUAGACUAGGGUUUCAACCAGACAUCAGAACUCUCUGCAAGUUAUCGCAGAUCUUGAUUGGGUCUGGUCAGACCCACUCUUCCAAACCCAUAUUGGAAUCCUUGAUUCAGACAUACCCGCCAACUGACAUUGUUGAUUCAUCUGUUCAAGCUUGUAGUAGAGGUAAGUAUGUUCUGCCAAUUGUAUUGGAUUCCAUUAUUCAAUCUUAUUGUGUUAAGGGACUUUAUUUGCAAGCCCUGGAAUCAAUCAGAAGGGCACAUAAAUAUGGACAAUUUGUUUCUCUUGUUACCUGUAAUUCAGUUCUUCAUUUGUUAGAGCGGGUAAAUGAAAUUCGUUUGGGAUGGUGUUUAUUCUGUUUACUAAUUCGAAAUGGGGAUUUGUUGGAUCAAUCAACCUGGUCUAUUAUCGUCCGAAUGCUGUCAAAAGAUGGAAAAUUUGACAGAAUUUGUAGGAUCUUGGAUUUGGGUUUAGUAGAGAGUGAUGAUAUGUUCAAUAUACUCAUUGAUUAUUACAGCGGAAUUGGGGAUUUCGGAGCUGCGUUCAAUUACUUGAACAAGAUGAUUGCCAAAAAACUAAAUCCUGAUUUUAGAACUUACAGUUCAAUCCUAAACGGGGCUUGUAAGUAUGAAGAUUUUGUCGUGAUUGAAACAGUGAUGCAUACAAUGAACUUGGCUACAGAUUACGACUCGAUCAUCUGCAAGCUAUCCGACUUUGAAAAGACCCAUGCGAUGCAGAUGUUUUUCGAGAGAGCUAACGAAGAGAAGAUCGUGUUACAAGUUUCUUCUUAUGGAAGUAUGCUGUGUGCUUUCUCGAAAGAGGGAAGAGUUAAAGAAGCAAUUUCUAUAUACAAUAAAACCAUUGAGAAAGAGUUGAAAGUUGGGAACGAUUGUUUUUAUCCGUUUGUGAACGCUCUCUGCAGACUAGACGCUCCCGAUGAAGCUGGUGAAAUACUAAUUGAUUUGAUCAGGAAGGGUUUCCAUCCUUCUGAGCCGUGUUUAUCAAAAUUCAUAUUUUUUCUGUGUUCUAAACGAAGAUUCAAUAGGGCGGAGGAGCUUUUGGAUGUGAUUCUAGUUGAGGGACUCGUUCCAGAUUCUUUAUGCUGUUCUUCGAUAGUAAAACAUUACUGUGACACCGGACGAAUAAAUUCAGCUGUCUGUUUGCACGAAAAGAUGGAGAAAUUAGGUGGGAAUUUUAAUGUAGAUACGUAUGAUAAUGUAUUACUGAAGGAACUAGUGAAGGAGAAGAGGAUCGGGGAAGCUGUGAGGAUAUUCAAUUACAUGAAAAGUAAGGAUUUGGUUAGUAGUGUUAGCUUUUCGAUUAUGAUAAGUGGCCUUUGCGAAGUAAAUGAACUUAAAAAGGCGAUGGAAUUGCACGAUGAAAUGAUGAAAAUGGGGCUUAAACCCGAUAACAAGACUUAUAAGGAUUUGAUAUAUGGGUUUAAGUGA